AUUAAUUACUUUUAUUUUCACUCUAUUUCUAAAAGUGAAUCUCAUCCCGAGUAAACGAUGAACUUCCUUUGGUCAUUAGGAUCACCCAAGAAGACUGAGCCAGUGCCAAAUGGCCUUGUACCAACUACCCCAUCUCAACAGUCUUUCAGACCUAUGAACAAUGCAUUUCGUAAAGGUGUUCAAUACAACAUGAAGGUUGUUUUACGCGGUGAUGUCAUGACAGGAAAAUCAUUACUUUUUAAUCGUCUUCAAGGAGAAGAAUAUGAAGAGACUUACCAAUCUACGCCACAAAUCCAAGUAGCCAAUAUUCCCUGGCAAUACAAAGAUAGCAAUGAUAUUGUCAAGAUAGAGAUUUGGGAUGUAGUCGAUAAGGCUCACAACAAUAGCUCCAAGAAAGGAGACGGCGCAAUUAAGCUUCAACAUGGCGCCAUUCCAGAAGACACACCUGCUGCAUCAAACACAACCGAGUCUACUGAACUUGCGUUGGACGCUUCGACUGUAGAUGUCUAUAGAAAUGCUCAGGCAGCAUUGUUCUUAUUUGACGUGACAAAACCAUGGACAUUUGAUUAUGUAAAUCAAGAAUUAGCCAAUGUUCCAAGCAACAUGGCUGUUCUUAUUCUUGGCAACUUUUGUGAUAAGAGUCAGGAACGCAAAGUCACCACAGAAGAAAUUCACGCUACACUAUAUGAGCACAAUAAGCAGCGGAUUGAUGAUGGAGCUAUCAAACCUAAUCUUAUUCGCUAUGCAGAGACGAGCCUAAAGUCCGGAAUGGGGUUAAAAUAUAUAUACGAAUACUUUGGUGUUCCAUUUUUACAAUUAAUGAUGGAUACAUUGAGAAAGCAGUUGGAGAUCAAGUCGCAUGAGAUAAUAGAUCUGCUUGUUGGAUUGGAUUCACAAGAAGAUGUUCCUGAUAGUAUGAGAAGAAGAAGAGGCCAAGACAACUUUGACCAACCUGCUGAACCUCAUCUGGCACGUCAACGGGAAGAAUUAAAAGAAGCAUGGGAAAAUGAACUCGAGGAGCUGGAGAAGCAUCAAUCCCCUCUGCUGGAUAUUAGCCACGAAGCGUUUGCUAGACAAGACACGCCCUCACCUCCCAUUGCACCCGUAAAGAUACAAAAAAGACAGGGCUCACUUGUACCUCCUACCGAAACUCCGCCACCUGUUGUCGAUCAUUUAGACUCUGGCUCCUUGGAAGAUGACUGGUUUGGAGACGAUGGAGGAAAAGAUGAUUCUUUUAAACUUCCUCUCAAUUUAAAAUCAUCGGCAGCAGACUCAGACAAUGAGUAUGACGGAAAUCCUAUGGUGGCUGGAGAUGAGGAUGUGGAAUCGGUUGAAUACUUUAACGACACAACAUCUCACCCACGUGUGGAACGCUUGGCUUCGCUUCAGAUAAUCUCAGACGAUGAAAAAGAAGAAGAAGAGAAACAGGGUGUUGUGUCCACAACUUAUAGAAGUGAACUAGACGAUGUGUGGACAAUGUCAAACAAUACAAACGAAGACAUACGCCCAGUAGACAUUGGGUCUGAGAGUGAUGAAGAUAUAUUACCCAGACUCAAUAGCGAGAACUUUGGAGAUUCGUUUGCCGCAGAUCGGUUACGCGUGGAUUCAUCGUUUGGCUUUGGGGUCUAUGAAGAAAUUGGGGGAGACGGUGGCAAUCCUUGGAGUCUUGACAAAAAUACCCGAGAUGAACAUUCGCAUUCGCAUGAGCCAGAAGACCUACAAAAAACUGUCCUCGUACAAGACGACCAGCCAGUAAAGGAGAGUAUAGUCAAGGAAAUAGGAGACAUCCCCAAGAAGAAGAAGCCGUCAAAAAAAAAGUCAAAGGAGUCUUCGGGAAAAAAAAAGAAAUCAAAGAGAGCUAAUGCCUAAAGAGACUAGAAGAAAAUGAAGC